ACUUCAACUUCAAUUUGUUCGUUGAAGCUGUGCUGCUGGCUGGGUUUUAGAUUAUGUGUUUGCAAUGGAUAAAACUAGCUGUAUUCGGAAAAGACUGAAUGUAUCUCAACUAAAAAGUGAACCAGAAUGUUGUGUCAUUAAUUUGUUGUAAUUUGUGUUGUGAUUAAUGAUUGAUGUAACGAACAAGUGUACGGCAAGAUGGACGAAUUGUCUAAGGGCAUGACACAAACAGGAAGCACCGCUACAACUGACAAAAUUCAAGAAAAUAAUGCAGGCUCGGCGACGCCGGUGGUGUACAUGAAUGAGUCGUGCAUGGAGUGCGAGCGGGUGCGCGCCGCGUGCGAGCGGCUGGGCGCGGUGGCGGCCGCGCCGAGGCCGGAGGCGCUGCCGCCGCCGCUGCCGCCGCCAGCGCCACCCUCCUACCUCGUCACCAACCCCUUCGACGGAGAACUCUUCGACGCAGCACAUAGAGCCAAAUACAGGGUGCUGGGCCCGACGGCGGUGCUGCAGUUGGCCGAACGCGACGAGCCGCCGCCCACCAACGCGCGCCCUCUCUACUCCUUCGCCAUGCGCGGCGCCGUCAUAUGCUUCUCCGGAUUCCGGAAGAAGGAUGAGCUUACGUACCUGAUAAACCUAAUACACUACAUGGGCGGCUCGAUCCGAAAGGACAUGUCGAGUAAAGUGACGCACCUUAUAGCGGCGGCGGCUACCGGUGAGAAAUACCGGUACGCGUCCGGUUUCGGGCUACCGGUGCUGGCCAGCUCGUGGGUCGACGCUUGCUGGCAGCGCCGAGACGACCCCGCAUGCUCUGCCACAGAUGAUGAUAUUAUUAAAGAGCAUAAGCUAAAAGUGUUCGCCGGCGCUCGCGUGUGCUUCGUGGGCUUCCCCGAGGAUGAGACGCAGCAUAUGGCCGAGGUCCUGGCCAGCAAUGGCGGCAGCACCUGUCCGCUCGACGAUCCCGAUUGCACGCACGUCGUGGUGGACGAGCACAACACAGUUAUCGCGCCGGAGUGCAACCCUCGGGCGCACAUCGUCAAGGCCGAGUGGUUCUGGGCGUCCGUCCAGAACGAGGAGGCACAGGAUGAGAAGGAUUAUCUGUACAAAGAUUACCUCAGCGAGUUGUCGCGGCGUUCGUCCGUGGGCGGCGCGUGCGCGGGCGCGCUAAGCGAGGAAGGCACGGGCACGCCGGGCGCAGGCGUGGGUUCGGGCAACGCGGGCGCGGGCAGCACGCCGGCCCAGCUGCAGCGGCUUCGCAAGCGCAAGCUGAAAGGGGGCGACGCUGCGUUGCACAAACGACGCUCGUCUGUGGGCGACGCAGUUCUUCUAAGUUUGUCUGGAAACCUUCUGGAUUGCACGCCCUCGCCGGAUGGCAAGCAGCUAUUAGAAGAAUCGGAAGUUCCAGACAAUGUUGUCAGGAAAUUGAUGUCCCCUCGACACCAAGUCUUCAUGGAGCUCCUCCAAACGGAAUCCAACUACGUUGGGAUAUUGCAUACUAUAGUCACUAUGUUCAAACAACCCUUGGAAGAAAUGGUGGAGGAGGAAAUCAGUAAUGGGAAAAUUCAAGCAUUGCUCAAUAACACAGAACUGAAAAAUAUUUUUGGAAACUUACCGCCUAUUUAUGAAUUGCAUCAACGCAUGCUGGAGGAGCUGCGGUUCACGGCGGCGCACUGGAGCGAGGAGGUGAGCAUCGGGCGGCUGGUGCUGCGCUACACGCCCGACAUGCUCAAAGCAUACCCGCCCUUCAUCAACUUCUUCGAGAACACCAAGGACAUGCUGCAACAAUGCGACCGUGAGAACCCAAGAUUUCAUGCAUUCCUAAAAAUCUGUCAGACCAAACCAGAGUGUGGCCGACAAAGUUUACAAGAACUUUUAAUACGACCAGUGCAGCGUCUACCUAGUGUUAGUUUAUUACUCGACGACAUACUGAAGCACACGCACAAGAACAACCCGGACCACGCGCUGCUGGAGUCGGCGCUGGCCGGGCUGCGCGAGGUCAUGUCGCACAUCAACGAGGACAAGCGCAAGACCGAGGGCCAGCUGCAGAUGUUCGACAUCUACAACGACAUCGAGCAGUGCCCGCCUCACCUCGUGUCCUCCCACCGAACGUUCGUGGCGCGCUGCGAGGUGGUGGAGCUGUCGAAAGAGCUGUCGGGGCGCGGCGAUCAUCUCGUAUUGUUUCUCUUCACAGACACGAUGGAGGUGUGCAAGAAAAGAUCCAAAGCUUUUAAUUCUAAAAGUCCUACGAACGGCACAAGCACGAUGAGAAUAGGAUCGAGUAAACCUUACAGGCAUAUAUCGCUAAUGCCGCUAAGUACAGUGAAACGAGUUGUGGAUAUCAGGGAAGCAGAAGACUGUCACAAUGUGUUUGCACUGAUGUGCCGGAGUAACCAGGAGCUGAAAGAGAAAUUGUACUCGUUUAUGAUCACAGACGAAACAGUGGACAAAUCACACUUCCUAAGACAGCUCUGUAGGCAGAUGGCCAACACUGUCUGCAAAGCGGAUGCCGACAAGUUCCUCGCGUGUCUGGAGUCGCAUCAACUAGACAUCGACACCAGUGACCUGGCUCUCAGCACGCUCUCCAAAGUAUCCAAAUUCGCAGCGCGCACACGCAUCAAGCUGGAGGCGCUGGCCGGGCUGGGCGGCUGGCUGCGCGCCGAGCCGGGCGCCGGGCUGUUAGACACAUGGGUAUUGCGCGCUCACUUACUCGCACAGGUGGGGCGCGCGCUGUCGUUCAACAAGACGCCGUCGAAGCUGAAGCGCGCCAUGUCGUCCAUGAUCUCGCCCUUCGGCUCCACCACCAACCUGCCGGCCGCGCAGCUCGCGCAGAUGCGACUCGCCAGUUGUAACAAUAUCAACGAAAUGGGCGCCAGCAGCGGCGGGUGCGCAUCGGGCGGCGGCGACGUUCUUGUCGCACCGCUGUCGGUGCAGCCCACGCGCAAGGCCGCCGCGCAGGCCGCCGCCGCGCUGCGCCGCUUCUGACGCCGCACCAGCCGCGCCUGACCGCGCGCCCGGGACUGAAGGACAUAUCGAACGCUCGCGGAGUGGGGCCAGUGUCGCGGUCGAGUGAAAACAGUGCACCGUCUCGACUUCUUACUACACACGAGCAGCUAUCGAGACUGUUGCAAUUGCAUCGUGCUUUUAUUGUGAAUUCGUACACGGGCGAGUGCAAAAUCGGUUCGAGAUGUUCCACUAUUUUUAUUUUACUGUGCCACAGUGCUGUA